CGCCGCUGUCUGUCUGACGGUGCGUGCGUGCGUGCGCGCGCGCUAUCUCCUUUCCGCUCGAGCCGUGCUGCUGCUGCUCAAUGUAGCAGAGACCAUGACAGGCAUCGCCGCUGCCUCCUUCUUCUCCAACAUUUGCCAGUUCGGGGGCUGCGGGCUGCACUUCGAGUCGCUGGCCGAGCUCAUCGUGCACAUCGAGGGUAAUCACAUCGAUACAGAUCCUCGCGUGUUGGAGAAACAGGAACUGCAGCAGCCCACAUAUGUCGCCCUCAGCUACGUUAACAGGUUUGUGACAGAUGCAGCACGGCGGGAGCAUGAGUCUCUGAAGAAGAAAGUUCAGCCAAAGCUGUCACUCUCUCUGACGGGCAGCCUUUCACGCAACAGCGUGGCCACGCCCCCUCGUCACAACAGCGGCAACCUGACCCCACCCGUGACUCCGCCCAUCACGCCCUCUUCUUCAUUCAGGAGCAGCACCCCCACAGGCAGCGAGUAUGAUGAGGAGGAAGCAGAAUACGAAGAGUCUGACAGCGACGAGUCGUGGACCACCGAACGUGCCAUUAGCUCUGAAUCCAUCCUCAGUUCCAUGUGCAUGAACGGCGGUGAUGAGAAACCGUUCGCAUGUCCCGUGCCUGGUUGCAAAAAGAGAUACAAGAAUGUGAAUGGUAUUAAGUACCACGCCAAGAACGGCCACCGCAGUCAGAUCCGCGUUCGGAAGCCCUUUAAGUGCCGGUGUGGUAAAAGCUACAAAAGCUCUCAGGGGCUUCGACACCACACCAUCAACUUCCACCCGCCCGUCUCUGCCGACAUCAUCCGCAAGAUGCAGCAGUAGAGAGUGCCAACAUCCUCCUCCACAUCCCCCCACACACACACAUCACAUGUAUAUACACCUCCACAUCCAUCCGCACCAGCAGCUUUGGCCGUCCAUUACUCCAACUCUGCCUUUGACCCAUCUUGUCCUCGGUUUUUUGGAGGACAUCCAAAAAAAAAUAGUCUGGAGGACAGUUUGUCUACUUUUCUCUUUUAAGAGUAAGUCUCCUUCACCUCCCUUUUCAUUCCUCAUGAGGAGGAAACUUGAAUCUUUUUAUAUUUCUCUUCCUCAAGGAAGACUCCCGGAUCCCUGUAUCAUUCCGUACCUCCAUGAGGAGGAUUUUAUUCAACCUUCUAUCAAAACACUAUACUUUGAAUUGCAUGCUUUUAUUAUUUCCUUUGCUUAUUUGUAUCUUAUUAGCGUUCACGGUUUUGUAUUUUUGCACAUUUGCUUAAUCUUUUAAUUUUCCACGUCUUUAUUUUUCGAUGCGAGGUGCUUAGACUGACAGUAUGUUUGGAAAGGUGACUCGCGUGAGUGAACCCGAGUCUCUGUGUGAGAAAAACAAAAGAUAGGAAAGCUUUGAAUAGUCUGAAUCUUUAUCUACCUUGUAUAAGCAACAUUCACAGCUACAUAUUGUGUGUAUAACUAAAUAUUCUAUAAAUUUCAUACAUU